GUUUUGCGCAAUAAAACCUAACGGCUACUAUUCCACCGACCAUAUCGUAUUCAAAAUAUAUUACCUCUCCAGCACCGAACCGACUCUACUUUCUAUGUCCCCUCCCCCUCCCUGAACGAAGCUCUAAGAUCUAAUUACUCUGAGACAAAGCUCUCAGAUUCACCGCACUCUGAGACGAAGCUCUCAUAUCUAAGUUUCUCAUUUGAUAUUUGUUUAAUUAUAGUCUCUUUGCAGUUUGAUUAUAUUUUUUUUCUUUGGUUGAUCUAUUCGUCUUCCAUUUUGCAGGUUUUGUUUCUAUCUCUGUUUUUGUUUUUAUGGAUGCAGGAGGAUCUUUCGGUGUGUUAUACAAGUCUAGAUCCAGAAAUCCAUUGCAAGAUCAUGUCCUCCGCAAAAAAAACUCUAAAGAAAAUUGUGAUCGGUUUAUCCCGAACAGAUCUGCAAUGGAUUUCGACUAUGCACAUUACAUGCUAAUGGAAGCAAGGAAAGGCAAGGAAAAUCCAGUUGCGAGUUCUCCGGCUAAAGAGGCUUUCAGGAAGCAACUUGCAGAGGCUUUGAACUUAAACAGAAGCAGAAUUCUAGCUUUCAAGAACAAGCCUACACCUGCGCAGUCGCUGUUCCCUGAAACUUCAUCACUUCAACAAGCGAAACCAGCAAAGCCCCGAAGAUCCAUUCCCCAAACUUCGGAGAGGACAUUGGACGCUCCAGAGAUCAUUGACGAUUACUACUUGAAUCUGCUGGAUUGGGGUACCAGAAAUGUCCUUGCAAUAGCUCUCGGAAACACCGUGUACUUGUGGGAUGCAACCGAUUCAUCCAGUUCUGAACUCAUGACCGUCGAUGAAGAUACAGGCCCUAUUACUAGUGUGAGUUGGGCACCUGAUGGACGUCAUAUUGCUGUUGGAUUGAACAACUCCGAAGUUCAACUAUGGGAUCCUGUAUCUAACAAACAACUGAGAACACUACGAGGUGGUCAUGAAUCUCGAGUUGGUGCUAUGGAUUGGAACAACCACGUCCUAUCCACAGGAGGAAUGGACAGUUUGAUAAUUAAUAAUGAUGUCAGAACCAGAAACCACAUUGUAGAUACAUAUAGAGGACAUCAUCAAGAAGUGUGUGGAUUGAAAUGGUCUUCAUCAGGACAACAACUAGCAAGUGGAGGGAAUGACAACCUUCUUUACAUUUGGGAUAGAUCAGUUGCUUCGUCAAAGUCUCCAACUCAAUGGCUUCACAGACUCGAAGACCACACUGCUGCUGUAAAAGCCCUUGCUUGGUGUCCAUUCCAGGCUAAUUUACUUGCUUCUGGUGGUGGUGGAGCUGAUAGAUGUAUUAAAUUCUGGAACGCCCAUACUGGAGCUUGCUUAAAUUCUGUCGAUACUGGAUCACAAGUUUGUUCUUUGCUGUGGAACAAAAACGAGAGAGAACUUUUGAGCUCUCAUGGAUUCACUCAAAACCAGUUGACCCUUUGGAAAUAUCCAUCAAUGGUUAAGAUUGCUGAGCUUACUGGUCACACUUCAAGGGUUCUAUACAUGGCUCAGAGUCCGGAUGGAUGUACUGUUGCAUCUGCAGCAGGGGAUGAAACUCUGAGAUUUUGGAAUGUAUUUGGUACACCUGAAUUGGCUAAACCUGCACCUAAAGCCAACCCAGAGCCGUUUGCUCAUUUUAAUCGCAUCCGCUGAGUAAACGUUGCAAGGUAAAGCCUUUGAUCCGUAUUCUGAGUUUCAG